ACACAUACACGUAACUGUGGAGGUCCACUUAGAAAAAAAGUGUAUGACGACGGGUAAGCAUAUGAUAUGAGAAGGUGCUAAGAUCCAUUAAUAUACGUGCAUUUACUUGUCGUGCCUUCAUUUCUCCAACACACAAUUCUUGCGCUUUCGCUUCAAGGAAAAAGAGUUGAGGAUUUCAGAGAGAGGGGGAGAUGGGGAGAGUGUUUGAGGUGACUCUAGAAGGGAAGAUCUACAGUUGCAGGCACUGUGGAACUCAUCUUGCUCUUGCUGAAGAAAUCGUCUCCAAGUCUUUCCACUCCAGGCAUGGGAAGGCUUAUCUCUUCAAUAAGGUUGUAAAUGUAACUCUUGGGGAAAAGGAAGAGAGGCUGAUGAUGACUGGAUCGCACAUAGUCUCUGAUAUCUUCUGCGUCCGAUGUGGUUCAAUUGUCGGAUGGAAAUAUGAAACCGCUCAUGAAAAGAGUCAAAAGUACAAGGAAGGCAAAUCUGUUCUCGAGCGGUUUAAGAUUUCUGGGCCGGACGGAAGCCAUUAUUGGGUCAGCCACGGAGCGCAUGUUGGAGGAAGUGAUGCAGACGAUGCUUGA